GCAGGACAUGGCGAAGAGCCUGAGGAGCAAAUGGAGGAGGAAGAUGCGGGCGGAGAAGAGGAAGAAGAACGCGCCCAAGGAGCUGGAGAGGCUGAAGAAGAUCCUGGGAACCAAAGCGGAUGUCAUCAUGGAGGAGGUGAAGGAGGUGGCAACCGUGCUGCCCCCCGAGAAAGUGCUGGAGCAGAGAGAUGACUGCAAAAUGGAGCUGGAUAAUAAACGAAACAAAAAAACUCUCCUAGACCAGCAUGGACAGUACCCAAUAUGGAUGAAUUCCAGACAAAGAAAGAAGCUUAAGGCUCAGCGUGUUAAAGGGAAAAAAAAAUCAAAAUUGGCCAAAGGCCUCGUCUGGUAAAAUCAGUUUUGUAAGAUCAUGAAUAUUUUAUUUAACAAAAUAAAUUUCCUAUAUAAGCUCAUGAGAUUUUGUGCUUGGUCACUGAGUAUAAUUUACUGUGUCGAAUGAAUUUUUGAAGAGGCUAUUUAGCCAUCAAAUGGUGACAGAAAUAGCAGUGUGGUGUCUGUCUGCCAAACUUAAAAAGCAAGCUGAGUGCCUUUGAAUAGAUUAAUUGUUGCCUGUGGGUAUCUGUUUUCUUGGCGGGUGAGGGUCUUCAUCUUUUAUUAUGAAUACCAAAAACAGUAAAGGAAAUCCUAAAAGUAAUUAAACCAAAUGUUUUUGUACUGUGGUCUUUGUCAGUGUACCUUGUCUUUUAGUAAAUAUAACCAAAGGAUUCUGUAAACAUGCUGUAUCCUUUAAAUCCUUCUGUAAAAUUCA